AUAGCACAGUGACAUCAGGCCAGAAAAAUGUGUGUGUGUGUGUGUGUGAGACUGCAGAUUCAGAGAGCGUGUGACUGAGAGAGAGAGAGAGAGAGAGAGAGAGAGAGAGAGAGAGAGAGAGAGAGAGGAAAAGGCGUUUCCAUUCUCAAACCGGCGAGACGCUCAGAAACGCGCGAGCACCAUCCAGAGAACGGACGCGUAAAGUUUCCACGACGUCUUCGUUCAUAAUAACCCCAGCUUCUGCGUAGAUAUUCACGCUCUUUGACGCUGAAGUUUUGACCGAACUGUGUUUGUGCUGAACUAAACUUUGCAUUUGGGUAGCCACCGCGGAUCUCAUCCAUCACCACCGGGAGCUUCAUCAUCAUCUUCAUCAUCUUCAUCAUCAUCGCCGGAUCACCGGGCGCGCGGAAGAAUGUCUGAAUACAGCUCGAUGUUGAGUGAUCUGUCUGAGAACAUCACUAAUGAAGACCUGGAGCAGCUGAAGUCGGCCUGUAAGGAGGACAUCCCCGAAGACCAGAGCAACUCCAUCACCUGCUCCAGAGACUGGUUCAGUUACCUGGAGAACAAUGACAAACUGGCACGAGACGACCUGUCCUACAUAGAGCACAUCUUUGAGAUCUCGCGGCGGCCGGACCUCUUGACCCGGGUCAUCGAGUACCGCACGACCGUGCUGAAGAUCUCCGAAGAUGACGAGAUCGACACCAAGCUCACACGCAUCCCCUCGGCCAAGAAAUACAAGGAUAUCAUUCGCCAACCGUCAGAGGAUGAGAUUAUCAAACUGGCCCCUCCCCCCAAAAAAGCAUGAGGUUAAAGUUCAUGACCUCUGCUCCUCAUCCUUGCCCAUCAUCGUCACCAAGCCACGCCCACUGCCCCGCCCACUCCACCGAACAGCAGCCAAUCAGAUCGCCAAGACGCUUUACAGCUACGCCACGGAACGCACGGAAAACUGAACGAAAGACAAAGAAAUGGACAAAAAGACAGCGACCAAUAGCCUUGCAGAAGUGAACAUAGGUCAGGUUGUGUGUCGGAAUGAAAACCAAUCGUUCUGUGUUCGCUGACGCUCGUGUGAAAUCGUGUAUGUGCGAGAGAGAGUUUAUUCACACCCUCGAUAGCGUCGAGUAGGAUCGUAACGUUGGUCAGACCAACGCAGUUCAUGUCUUAAUGUGGAGAACUAGUAGAGAAACCGGUUUAGCCACUGAUCGCUGUUCCUUUAGACACAUUUAUUCCCUGGUUAGUACCGUGGGUAGACUCCAGGUCCGUACAUUCCCUUUAAAACACGACUCAUAUCAACAUUUAAAAGUGUUACAGAGAAUUCAUCUCUGAAUUUGUGCGAUUGCCACUUAGAAAGCCAAUAUUUGCCUUCUUUAGAAAUGAAAUGCUUUAUUGCAGGGUAUGCGAUUACCUAGUAGAGAAUUAAUAUAGCUUUUUAUAUAUUUCUGUAUGUCACACUUCUAGGAAAUAUAGUUUAUUAAAUGAUCAGUUAUAGAAUAAUCACUGUUGCGUAUCAAACGACAGCAGCAUAAAUGAAGUUUGUUAAACUCUCUUGGGAGACAAAAUUAGACGUUUAUCUUCUAUUAUUAAAUGUGUGAUUGGCCUAAAACCACUGUCUGUGGAUGAUUAGAACGUGCUAGAAAAAUCUCAAUAUGUGUUUAGUAAAGUUUUAGCUCCAUUUCUGCAGUAUUUGCAUCAGGAAAUAGAAGGCAUAUGUUUUUGUUAAAACUUUAAAUUGCUCAGUUCGACUACUUCUACUGUGAAUUAUUUAUUCUGAUGCCUCAGUAUGCCAUCACGUGAAACAUCAGGAUGAUAUCACAUCUAUUUUCAGUUGAUCACUUAUAUACUGAUAGAGGGUAAGAAACAGCUGCGACUAAAACAGGGGUAUUUAUGUCACAGAUGUGGUUAAACUGCAGCACUCGAUAUGUGGCCAAACGUCUGUACGGAUCACAUUGUGUAUCUAGACAGCGCACCGUUUUCAUCCUAACACACAGCAUAUUAAGAUUGUGCUGCGUUUACAAAUACUGAUAUCAUGAUUAUGAUUGUGAUAUUCCUUCGCCUUUUAUUCGCACCAUCUGCUGAAAGACUGUUUAAACACGACUCUAAAUUCGCUUGAUCACUGUGUGCUCAGCCCCUGCAGACUGUUGUUUUCAGCCGAUAAAGCCGCAGCGGUUUUUAUGCGUCUGCACGCGGCGUUCAGUUCCAGGCUGCUUCUGCAACUCUCUAUUAUUCUGUUGUGUGAUUUUGCUGAAUCGAAGCAAACAAGCUGUACGACCUCAGCAAAACCUUACAUUGAGUCUGGAACUACGCAUUUAUAAAAGUCUGGGAUAUUUGGAAAAGCCGGAUAGCGACUGGCCCUGAACAUUCGUGGCCCUUUUAAACUUGAGGACUUAAAAAAAUGUCCUGUCAAGGUUUAGAUCAGUGAAUUAGUCAAGUUUAUUUAUGUCGCUGCCACCUUAAAAUGACAGAUCUGAUUUAAUUUAUUUACCCUGCAUAGUAGAAAGUCCUAAAUUAUCUUUUCCAUACAAUAAAAGUGAAUGAGGACUAUAUAUAUAUACACACACACACACACACACAC